AUGAAUGAAAACGUAACGGAAAAAAAUGUGGAGCUGAACGACCUAAGCGAUGACUGUAUUGCUCUGUUCGUCAUCACCCUGUGUAGUCCGUAUUUGGUUUAUGCAAAAACGCAGAAAAAAGAGUUAUCCAAGGGAAAGGGGCGCACAUUUGCCCAGUUCCGUGGAACCUCUGUUGCAGCUCGCAAUAUGCGGCAUCAUGACAAACGGUUUAUCGCUAUUUAUAAUCCGGCGGUCGCGACGGUUUCAUAA